CAACAAACAAGCAACAAGUUGUAAAUUACUGUCGGCGGCAAUCGCUGAUAUCCAAAAUACACCUAGCAACCGGUUGUUUGUUUUCUAGUACUUUCCUUCUAGUACAAUCAGCAUAAAUCGCACUUUUUCCGAAUAUUUUAAUCAUUCUGUUAUUCAACAUACUCAUUUCAAUCAGAGUUUUACAUCGCUCACAAUGGACGACCUUCCGAAACUACCGGGGUACGACUUCGCUAACCGUCUCCGCCAGAAGCAUCACGUCCCACAGUGCUUUAAAUAUCUUAACGGUUAUCCAAUUCCGGUGAAGCCAAUAUGCGGCCUUGGCGGCGAACAACUGAACGAAGAUUCCAUCUACUACUGUACCAACGAAACGGACGCCGUCUUGUACGAUCCGAUUCUUACGUACGGGCGCGUGCAACAGCUCCCGGUCAAACCCUACCGACCGCACUUUGUCUUGUACGACCAGAAAACCCUCAAAUUUAACGCAUUCUUCCGGCAAGCGGUCCCGGAAACGCCCAAGGAAACCUUCCGCAUUCGGUACGUCAACAUUUUAUACUUCCUGGAGGACGACACCAUCACCGUGCUGGAACCGGUCAUCGAGAACUGUGGCUACCCUCAGGGCCGCCUAGUUAGGCGGGGUCAGAUUAUGAAGAACUGCCUCGGGGAACCGUACAGCUGGAAGGACUUGAACAUCGGAAUCGACCUGGAGAUUAACGGGUAUGUGUUCCACAUUACCGAUUGCGACCCCUUCACGAAGGAGUUUCUGCUGAGCAACGGCAUCGAAUUGAACGAGAUGGAGUUUCCACCGCCGGAUCCGGCCAUGAACGAACGGUCAAUUAGUGCAAGACAGAACUUCAAACACCACAAAAUGUACCCGGUGCCGCAGGACAAACUGCGGAAGUAUCUGGAGUAUCAAGGAAAGGUGUUGCAUUUUGAUUGUUUAUUAGAUGAGCCGGACCAGCCCGGGGGCGAACGGAUGACUUAUAAGAUGUUUUAUUUCUUGGAAGAUGACACAGUAUCGAUCAAAGAACUGAAGGAGAAUCAGGAAGGCCGCGAUUACUUUCCCAUGUUGCUUAGAAAGCAGAAACUUCCGAAGAAUUGGAAAGAUGUACCAGUGACAUACCCUUCGAUCUGCAUGGAACUUUCCGAUCUUGAAGUGUCUGAAUAUUACUCUCCCAAAGAUUUUCUGGUCGGUGGAACGAUUUUCGUAUUCGGGCGUAAAUUCCUGCUUUUGGACUGUGACCGUUUUACUCGGAACUACUACGAGAAAGUCCUGAAAAUUAUUCAGCCUGACGCGGAUUACCAGGGCAGUCCUGAAUCUCGUACCCCUCGCACAGAACUACCGAUCUAUCUGGGCCUUGGCACACCCGAGGACUCACUUGCAUCACAUCACAGUUUGGUCCCGAAGAGUCCUCGUAAAGACGUCGUGACCUAUUUGGUGAACAUGAAUAAGUUUCUCCGUUAUGGUUGCGUACUGGACAAUGUUCACCCAGAGGACAACAUACGUCGGUUUGUGCUCAGUUUGUCGCUUGCAGAUGGAACGAUAUCGAUCAUGGAAACAAUGAUUCGAAACUCUGGCAUCCGUGGCGGUCGAUUUCUAUCGCCCAAGAAAGUGUGGAAACCGGAUUGCAAUCCGGAUAAACCUGAAUACUACACGGCCAAGGAUCUCUUUAUCGGGGCAACCAUUAUCGUUUUCUCACAUCGCUUCCGAAUCGUCAGCACCGACUUGUACGUGUACCGGUACAUGCAAGCUCACCCAGAGAUGUUUGCCAGCAAUGCCAUCGAAACCGCUAGGAACUACCUCUUGGAAGAGGGUCAUCUCAAAGACGAACUAAGACAAGCGAUGGCCGAUGACUGUCUUAAGUAUGGACCUCCUCUGGAUCCUGAACCAAAUAACGACAAGGGCAUUGGCGAAGUAGACAAGCGUUUGCAAGAUUUCAAACUGGAAGAAUGUAAAAUAACUGAAACACCAGUUCCUGAACCGGUGCAAUCUGAGAGACAUCCUUGUCCGUCUCCAAUAAUACCAGAUGAGGAAAUCAAAAAGACUUACCAUUCUAACGAACACAUGGAUCUCUCCUUACAAGGCCAAAUUGAAGGCGAGAAUGUGGUGAAAGUGGGCAAAUCAGUGCGGUUCGAUGAUGGUUGCUAA